AUGCAAGGACAGACAAAAAUCCAAGAAAGAUUGAGAGGAAUUCAAUCACUCAUUCAUGAUAUUGAAGAAGUGAGGAGUGCAGGAGAAGUGACAAUUGGUAAAUUAUCGCAUUCACCAAAUCAAACGGACAUAAUAAAACAAGCGAUGCAAGAAGCCGAAAAAGAAGAACGUUUGAUAAGACAAGCGCUUGCUAAGAUCCAUGAAAUUCACAGCAUUCGUAAUGAAAGUAGAAUUCAAGCAAGGAAUUCAGGUCAAAAGGAAAUGCUGAGAAAAGGGCAAUUAAUGAAAAUUCUUCAAAUCUCAGCAUCGACACUUCCUUUAUUUAUUUCAAAGCCUGGUGAAAAGAUUCCACCUUUAGUUGGCUGUAUACCUGCGAGCCCAGAUUACACAGCGAAACCAGGGGAUAUGGUUGCAGCUUUAACGAAAGUGUCAGCUAUGGAUAAAGGCGGAAGUGAUGAGGAAAACUGGAUAAUGGCUGAAGUUAUCAGUUAUGCUCAUCACACUCAAAAAUACGAAGUUCACGAUAUCGAUGAGGAACAAAAACCACGGCAUAUUUUGAGUAAACGAAGAAUUAUUCCACUGCCAUUAUUUCGUGCAAAUCCAGAGACAGACGCCCACGCUCUCUUCCCUAAAGGAACCGUAGUCAUGGCACUUUACCCACAAACCACUUGCUUCUACAAAGCAAUCAUCAAUGAACUUCCAGCUACAGCUAAACAAGAUUACGAAGUUCUCUUCGAAGAUUCAACUUACUCGAAUGGAUAUUCCGAUCCAAUGUACGUCGCUCAACGUUAUGUCAUCUCAAUUAAACAGAAGAAAUCGUCUUGA